UUGAAAAGUUACUGGCAUCUUCCUCAGCCAAUAGGAGCACAGCGCUGUGAGCGUUCGCAUGCCACCCAGCCAAUAGGCGCGCAGUGGGCGGGGCUUCGUUCCCGGCUAACGUAAGCGUUGUUUGUCGGAAGAAGAAGCCGAUUCUGGAAGCCAUUACGCUGCGCUCAGAAAGUGAGCAAAUCGUACUAUUUUUGCGUACAUUACGCAGGCUUACCUCCGCCAGGAGCUGCUCCCGCAGGUAUGGCUUCGGCCGCCAAGAAGAGGAAGAUGAAUUUCUCGGAGCGGGAGGUGGAAAUCAUCGUGGAGGAAAUAGAGAAGCAGAAGCAGACUCUGGUGAGCCACUUCAACGCGGGAGUCACGCACAUGGCCAAGAACAACGCCUGGAUGGACAUCCUGAAGAAGGUGAACGCCGUCACCACCUGCCCGCGCGAGCUGCCCGAGGUCAAGAAGAAGUGGUCCGACAUGAAGACCGAGGUCCGCCGGAAGGUGGCCCAGGCGCGGGCCGCAAUCGAGGGCACGGCCGCGGACUGCGCUCCGGUCCCGGUCAUCCUCACCGCCAUGCAGCAGCGGAUCUGCAACCUGCUGGGGGAGGCCACCAUCAUCAGCUUACCGGCCGGGGACCCGGAGGCGGAGGGCGGCCUGCCGGUGGCGGUGAGCGCCGCGACCACCGUGACCCUGGCGGAAGCUCUUCCAGGACCAGCAGGGGGCGUCUGUGAGGAGCCCAAGCCGCUGACCGCUGAAACCACGUACCACGCCCUGGAGGACGGCGGCGUGGUGGAGUACUGCACCGCCGCCGCCGUGGGAGACUCCGCCCCCACCGUGAUGGCCGCCGUGGAAACGCCGGUGGAGAUGCUGGCGCCGUCGUUAGCCUCGCCGGCGCCGCCGCAGGCCAAGCCGCAGGAGCUGAAGAGCCGCAUCGCCCUGAACUCGGCGCGCCUGCUGCAGGAGCAGCGCGUCACCAACGUCCACAUCCGCCAGAUCGCGCAGCACCUGGAGGGGCAGAACGAGCUGCUGCAGGUGAUGCGGCGCUGCCAGGAGGCGCAGGCGCUGGCACAGGAGCGGCAGGCGCAGGCGCUGGAGGGGACGCAGGCCGCGCUGCUGGCGCUGGUCCAGAUGCUGCGGCCCGCGCUCAAAGACCUCAGGAAGUUCCUGCAGAGCGGGGCGGAGCCGGCGCCCGCGGCAACGGCGCCGGUCGCCGCCGCCGCCGUUGCAGAAGAAGAACAGAGCCGGUGUAAGAGCCCUGCUGCAGCGCCACAGCGACCCGACCCGCUGGAGGAGACGCACUGACCCGAAUCUGGUUCUGACCCGGUUCAGACUCGCUGAAGGAGACACACUGACCCGAAUCCGGUUCUGACCCGGUUCAGACUCGCUGAAGGAGACACACUGACCCGAAUCUGGUUCUGACCCGGUUCAGACCCAGUUCAGACCCGCUGGAGGAGACUCACUGAGCCAGUUCCAGUUCUCAAUCGGUUCUGACCCGGUUCUGAUGCCCAGCCUGGUUUUACAGGCUGCAGACAGGAUGCUGCAGUGCUGCAGUUGCACCACUGGGGGCGCUGUGUCCCCACAAACUCUGAGUUUUUUAUGAAUGCAGUUCUGUUUGUGUCUGUAGACAUUAAA